CGCUCGCGCCAUAACAAAGGUCGUUUUCAUGUAUUCUCUCACUCCUGCUGACAGUACUGCGAACGACCGACCGUAAAAAGAAUCCUGCCGGAUCGGAAGUACUGCUGCAUGGUGCGCGAAAAUACCGACGAUCGCAACGCCACUCCCCCCCGUCCGUGAGUCAUAUCUUAUCGCAGGUUAAUCGUUUACCAGAGAUAAGCGGGCGAUAAGGGCAAUCGACGCACUCGAAAUUUGUUAGUUUUUUCGAAAAACCUUCGCGACUCAUCAUGCGUUGCUUCGUUCCGUUGUUUUUUGGCGUUUCCGUCGCGCUUUUCGUUUGUUUCGGGGUGACUGGGUCUGCGCCGAGCGACAGCAGUGCCUUGUAUCGAAUAGAAGGACACGUGGAGGAAGUUUUAGGAAAGUUAUAUCUGUCACAAUACGGUUACUUGGGACCGGUCAAAGGAAAUUCGGGUCAAUUGCUAGACGAAAACCAUUACCGGAAAGCGAUCGAAGAUUUCCAAAGUUUUGCCGGUUUGGAAGUGACAGGGGAACUAGAUGACGACACCAAAGAAGUUAUGUCACUCCCAAGAUGCGGGGUGAAAGAUAAAGUCGGCACCGGCGACAACCGUGCCAAACGGUACGCACUACAGGGAAGCAGGUGGAAAGUGAAAAAUCUGAGCUACAAAAUCGCCAAAUAUCCACCGAAACUAAAACGCAGGGACGUCGACGAUGAAAUCCAACGUGCCUUCAACGUGUGGUCGGAAUACACGGACCUCACCUUCACGCCCAAGUCCGGACAAGUUCAUAUCGAGAUUAAGUUUGAAAGCGGAGAACAUGGAGACGGAGAUCCCUUCGAUGGUCCUGGCGGUACCUUGGCUCAUGCGUAUUUCCCCGUAUUUGGUGGGGAUGCCCAUUUUGACGCGUCGGAAUCGUGGUCCAUAAACAGCUACAGAGGUACCAACUUAUUCCAAGUGGCCGCACACGAGUUCGGCCACUCGUUAGGCUUGAGUCACUCUGAUAUUAGACAAGCUCUCAUGGCGCCGUUUUAUAGGGGUUACGACCCCGUUUUCAGCUUGGACCAAGACGAUAUCGACGGUAUCCAAGCUUUAUACGGAAAGAAAACGAAAAAGAGCACACCGUCUUACGACCAGGAUGGUGAUACCGGUGAAAGUCAGAACGUUCCUAAGAAAACACCGCCUCCGUCGGUUGGAAGUACUACUGAUAGCAGUCUGUGUGAAGAUUCCAAGUUCGACACCAUAUUCAAUUCCGCGGAGGGCUACACCUACGUGUUCAAAGGUGAUAAAUACUGGAGACUCACCGAAGAGAGCAUAGCGCCAGGAUACCCGAAGAAAAUCUCAGAAGGGUGGCCCGGACUUACCGGCAAAAUCGACGCGGCUUUCACGUACAAAAACGGCAAGACCUACUUCUUCAAAGGAUCCAAGUACUGGAGGUACAAGGGAAGAAGUAUGGACGGCGUGUACCCUAAAGAAAUCUCCGAGGGAUUCACUGGGAUACCCAACGAUCUAGACGCGGCCAUGGUGUGGAGCGGCAACGGGAAGAUUUACUUCUACAAGGGCAGCAAAUUCUGGCGGUUCGAUCCGACUCAGAGGCCGGCCGUGAAAAAUACUUAUCCGAAAUUGAUCUCCAACUGGGAAGGUGUUCCCGAUAAUUUAGACGCCGCGUUUCAGUGGACCAACGGAUACACGUACUUUUACAAAGGAGACGCUUAUUAUAGGUUUAAUGAUAGGGCGUUUGCUGUGGACGCAGUAACACCAGCGUUCCCGAGAUCCACGGCGUACUGGUGGUUCGGGUGCAAAGACGCACCCGCGGGAACAAUAGGAACGAGUGAGUCGCGGGGAUGGUUACUGGGCGACGGAGAGAGCGGUACGCCCUCUAUGGACGACUCUAAUAACUAUGACAUGGACGCAGGUGAACACCACGACUACAGCUCCAGUGACCCGUUGGGAUACCAGGGAGGAAACUCGGCUGCUGCGUCCAGCUUAGCGUCCGUCAUUUUGACGGUCCUAGUGAUGUCAACUGCGAAACUGUUAGCUUAUAUAUUAUAGGGUCACCGGAACAAGUGAAACGAUUUCGUUUUAUAAACGAAUGGGUUUUAGGAAUUAGCAAGCCCUGACUGAGAGACACAAAAAACUAAUAAAUUACGUGUGAUUGUAGAUUUUAUUUCGGAGAUAUUGUUCGGUUGGUUUGGUCUCGCAUAAACGAACCUAUAGAUAAAAUCGCAACGGUGCUCCAUAAACUAAUCGAAUAAAAUUCAAGCAAUCUCCUCGUCGUAUGUGUUAGGAAACUUUUUUUUGCAAUUAGUCUUAGCUUUAAACAGUGUGAUCUUCAAGCCACGGUGCCGUUCAUCGAGAAGCGCCAUUUUGCAAACGAAAACGAUUUAAAAGAACCCUUAGUUAGUAGUGAAUCUUGAAAACACACAAAAAUAAAACGUAUUUAUUUUGUAAUUGUUGUCUAGUUUUAAAGUUGAUAUUGAGAUAACGAACAAUUGGCAUAAAUCAAUAUUUUUAAAGAUAUUUUCAAUUUUUCGCAUGAGCAACUACAUCGUAUUUUGUACAGUAAAAUAGGCGAAUUGAAUAAAAAUUAUUUUGU